GGAAACUGUCUCAAGGCAGUUUGCUCUGGUUUGAAACCCCCCUUUAUUAACACCAGUGAUUUCAUCACCAGCACCCAAAUCCUAACGCCUGGAUUGGGAUCAAAUAACCCAGAAAAGCUCCCACCGCAGUCUGGGCACUGGAAGGCUGGCCAGCUUCCUGGCUUUCCACUUGCUAAUUUUUUCAAACUGAACACUUGUCCUUAUGCUAGCCGUCCUUGACCAAUCACUCGCACUUCCUGCUUUAUCCCCACUUAGGGUUUUCUCUGUUGUUGUUCUUUUUCCGACAGCCAAGGUCACAAGGGCUGUGAUCACCUUGCAGCCUCCAUGGGUCAGUAUUUUCCAGAAGGAAAAUGUCACUUUAUGGUGUGAGGGCCCCCACCUGCCUGGAGACAGUGCCACACAGUGGUUUAUCGACAGCACACUCCUUCAGAUCUCCACGCCUAGACACAGUAUCACUAAAGCCACUUUCAAGGACAGUGGUGAAUACGGGUGCCGGACUGGUCUCUCAAUGCCAAGCGACCCUGUACAGUUGGAAAUCCACAGAAGUUGGCUGCUACUCCAGGCCUCCUGCAGAAUCCUCACAGGAGGAGAACCUCUGACUUUGAGGUGUCAGGGCUGGGAGAACAAGCUGGGGUACAAUGUGAUUUUCUAUCGAAAUGGAAAAUCCUUUCACUUUUCUCGAGAUUCUGAGGUCACCGUUCCGGAAAGCAACUCGAGUCACAAUGGCAUCUAUCACUGCUCAGGCAUGGGAAGAACCCAAGGCUACACCUCUGCCGGAGUGUCUGUCACCGUGAAGGAGCUAUUUGCAGCGCCCGUGCUGAGAACGACCUUGUCAUCUCCCGUCCUGGAGGGGAGUCUGGUCACCCUGAGCUGUGAGACAAAAUUGCUCCUACAGCGCCCUGGCUUGCAGCUUCUCUUCUUCUACGCGGGCAGCAAGAUCCUGGAGGAGAGGAACACAUCCUCAGAGUACCACACAGCAAGUGCUGGAAGAGAAGAUUCUGGAUUAUACUGGUGUGAGGUAGCCACAGCGGACGGCAGUGUCCUCAAACGCAGCCCUGAGUUGGAGCUUGGAAUACUUGGUGAGCUGGAGGGACGGCCCGGCAGCGCCGUCCAAGUUAAGGCCCGAUUCGCACAUGUUUAUCCAGAACUCUGGCAGGAGCGAAAUGAUCUAGAUUGGGUCCGCGGCAGCAGAAAGCAUGUGGAAGAAGGCCGUGCGUGCCCGGUUCCCCCGGUGCAGGGAAGGGCGCCCACUCGCGGGCGGACUCAGCUGAUUGACUUCACAGCGGCGUGA